UCACGUUUUGUUUCCGAAUCUGUCCCCGAAAAAUUGGAAACGUCUCCUAAGAAAUUCCGGAACCGACAUAAUAUAAAUUAUCCAAUUUUUUAUGAAUGAAUAACCGUUUUGCUUGGCCCAAAGCUAACGAAAGAAGUAACCAUGAUAGGUGAUCUUAGUUCGAAUCAGAAUGAUUUUAAAGAUCGAAUUGUGAAAAAAGUGGAGAAAAUAUUCCGAUUACAAUACUAGCUUCCUCCUCCUCACUUAAGUGCAAUGUUCCAAUCGCUUGAAAUCAUAUCGAAACGAUCAUUUUACUCAGAAUUAAAGUAAGCUCUGCCGUUUUUACGCUCACUCACACAGGUUCAGAAACGGCUAUGUAUGCAUAUGUGUGCAAUGCACAUGUAAUGCUUAUGCGUUCACCGCACAACUGCUUCACAUUUUGCAAUGAUUCAUCCCUAAGCCAUUCGAGCUGAGUUGCGUACAGGACUAGUAUGCGCUCCGCGUUACAGCAAUAGUUUAUUGCUUUGUGCUAGAGCCCUAUACUGUCGAAUCGUGGAAAUCGCAUAUUUAAACAUUGUACAUUACUUUGGAAACGAGCUUUGUUAUACAAAAUAUUAUCACAGCAGAACAGAAGAUAAACUACUAGAACAGAAGAGACAAAGCGUCAAUAGAAACAAACACAAAACACCGAAAACAUGGAAGAAUGGUACGAGAAUAUUUAUCAACAGACCGGCAUUUUCGUAACCACACCUGGUGUUCCACUUGGCAUUACCGUCGGCAAGUUCAACACCAUCCACACGUUCCUGAUGGUUCCGAGCGGGGAUGUGAUACGUCGCCCAAUCUUAUGGUGCAAAAUACUUAGACCUCCGGAAGACCUAAACAUCGACUUGCCUAUGAAUGUUCGAGUGAUUGUAUUCCGUGGACGACUGAAGGGAAUGUUUGGCAAGGUGGUUGGCAGUUACAAUGGACGAGUUUUCAUACAGACUUUGGAUGGGUCCAUGCCACGAUACCACCCGGCGAUUAAUAAGUUCGAGUGGAAAUAUUUCGUCGAAGAUGCGGAAUGCCUGUACAUAUGGCGAAUGCAUCAAACCCCGGAACAAGUAUACCCCGAAGGAUUUUACGAAAAACUAACGUCUCGAGGCUGCUGAAGGUGGCGAAUCUAUUCGUAAGCUGGAGACCGCACCGACUUUGGAGAACAUCGAAAUGGGCCUAGUGAAAGGGGAAAGCAAUAUCGAAUCGAAACGAUAGACGGAAACUUUCAACAUCAACACAAACGUGUUUUUAUUUUUCCUGCGUGUGACCACUCAAAUUGUGUGCAUGGUUCUGUUUGUUUUCGUUUUUAUGUAUUAUUAUUUAUUUGAUGCAUUAAACUGCAAUAGUUUAUCCGAUUAUGUUAUUUUCUUUAGCGUACGAAAGAAAUGUUCCCUGCUACACCACAGCAUUUAACGCAUUUGCUAGAAGAUCUAGUGAUAUCGCCUCUAAAACUCUCGCAUUUUUUAAUGUGCUAUUGUUAUGCAUUUUGUACAUUUUCAUUAUGCAAUAUAUUGUUAUAUUAUCCGGUUACUUUUUAUCCGGUUAUCCCAUUAUCCGUGCAGCUCGGACCAGUACCAAUGAUAGCAAGAAAUAAAAGCCACAACAGGCAAUUAUACUAUUUGCUCAAGUUAUGCUCAAACAGAACAGAUUUAUUUUGCAAAGUGCAAAGAAAAUUAACAUCUUGCUUAACACACUAAACACUAAUAUUUAUCAAUAAACAGAUUUGUUUGAUCCGAUGAUCCGUGAUAUUCGUUUAUCCGGCAAUGGCUGUGUCCCGAUGAAGACGGAUAAUCGGCGUUCCACUGUAUAUGGUUCCAUGCGGCUCACGAAAAUAUCGUUUCUAAGUUUCAAGCCAAUGUCUCACCGUGUUUAUUAAAUAAAUCUGACAUUACAUUACAAAAAAAAACAGAUUCAGAUGGAUAAACAACAUUCAAAAAUAAAAGAAAAAAAAUUUGGCGUUCAUCUUUUCGGUUACAUAACUGACUGCUGAAAUUUGGUCGUUUUUUCAUGAAGAUAGAGUAUGAAGAGAUUGAUCGUGAAUGAGGUGUGAACGAGACAGUUUGAAAAAUUUCCUUAGUUUGACAUAAUUAAAAUUAAAAAACAUAAUUAAAAAGAUGUCUCCAGGCCAUGUCUACACGACGUGCUCGACCGUGAGCAGGCCAGAUAAGAAUUAAAAAGAGAACAUGCUUCCUUAAUCCAUACUGUUUUAUUUUUGUGUGUGUGAAUUUGCACACAUAUGACAAGAAAGUCAACCCGUAAAUCUUGCGUUUAUAUAUGUAGGUGUUACAUUCCAUGUAACCAUGGUUACAUUCCAAGCAACCAAUGACAUAUUCAGAACAUUUUUUGGCUAGCUGCCGCUAGGAGCAAAUUGUCAUGUUUUUUCUCGUUCUAUCAAACUAACCAAAGCGAAACAGCAUGAUGAUUUUGCUCGUUGUCUCGUUGAGUUGCGUCCAACAAUCGCAGUAGCAUGCGCAUAUCCGGUUAUUCAGGCCAGUGUACAAGAGGCAUUACCUUAAAAGUAAAGACGUCAAUUAUUAACGGCCGAGUACAGAUUGGAGCAGCAGCACUUUUGGGAACAUGGCAAGUAACAAACGAAACACGUUCCAGCUGACCAAUAGCAACUUCCGAAUUGGGAUGUUUGUGAGUGCUCCUGGACAUCCAGUUGCUCUCGUUCUUGGUGAAUGUAACAACGGUCCGACACAUAAGAUCCUGUUGCUGUCCAGUGGGGAACUCGUAACGCAGCCCGUGGGGUUGUGUCGCAUCAUUGAGCCACCAGCAAAUCCCAAUCGCUCCAUUUUCAUGAAUAGACGGGUGCGUGUCACGAGCGGAGAAAUGGAGGGCGUGUACGGCGUGGUGCUUGGAAUCCACAAUGACCUAGCUUAUGUAUGUGCCUUGGAGGGUUUAGAAUUGGUCGGUAACACUCCAAGGAAUCCUACCGACGACGUCUGCUACUUCUUUGAAAAUGUGUCAUUCCUGAAAAUUGUGACAGACGAAAACCCGCCACGAAUGUGAAUGUCGGCAUGUGUAAUUUUACCAUUGUAAUGUAUUAUGCACUAAAGCACAAUUAGAAAAACUUGAACGAUCUGCGUACAGUGUUUUUAAUUCUAAUGCCAACACAUGGUGUAAUACUUUCGCAUGAAGUUUUGCGAACGCCAGUUACCAGGUAAGCAGUAGAAUCCUUUUCCUGCAAGUGUACAGAGGCAGUGAAUAAAAAUUUUAACUUUAUAUUUACCUCUAUAUUCAAACGAAUUAUCAGUAAUAAUUGUGUAAUACGAACCG